GCGAGAAAAGCCGACAAAACCCGUUUGUGCGGCGGGCUGUGCGCUCCGUGUCCCCUCUCUCUCCCUCGCGCGCGCUUCCCAUCCCCAAGUUGCCCGCGUCGCCGCCAGGAUCCCGUCCUAACCAGCCGGGCCAGUUCUGCCACCCGCUGCCUGCCAGACAUGACGCAAGAGUACGACAACAAAAGGCCAGUUUUGGUUCUUCAGAAUGAAACGCUCUACUCCCAGAGGCGACCCUACACCACCGAGGAUGAAGCUUGGAAGUCCUUUCUCGAAAACCCUCUUACAGCAGCUACCAAAGCCAUGAUGAGCAUCAAUGGGGAUGAGGACAGCGCUGCUGCCUUGGGACUGUUGUAUGACUAUUACAAGGUUCCCCGGGAAAGGAGAACGUCAGCAGUGAAACCAGAUGUAGAUCAUUCUGACCAAGACCAUGGCAAAAGGAACUGUAUACCGAACAUGGCGGAACAGUCGCUCAUUUCUGCUGGGGAAAACCGAGUGCAAGUCUUGAAAAACAUGCCUUUGAAUAUCGUUCUUCCGCACACUUCCCAGAUGGGUGUCGACAAGAGGGGCCACCUGACUACUCCGGACACGACUGUCACGGUCUCCAUCGCAUCCAUGCCCACCCAUUCGAUCAAGACGGAAACUCAGCCGCACAGCUUUACAGUGGGCAUCCCUCCAGCUGUCUAUCACCCAGAGGCACCUGAGCGGGUGGUGGUUUUAGACAGGAGCCUGAGUGCUGACCAGUUUAGCUCCAGUGCCCAGCCUCAGAAUUCCCAGCGCCGUACUCCGGAUUCCACCUUCUCAGAGUCUUUCAAAGAAGGCGUGCAAGAGGUUUUCUUUCCUGCCGAACUGAACCUCCGGAUGGCCGGCAUGAAUUCUGAAGACUACGUGUUUGAAAGCAUUGCUGGGAACAACUUCGAAUACACGCUGGAAGCUUCUAAAUCACUUCGGCAGAAGCCUGGAGAUAAUACAAUGACGUAUUUAAACAAGGGCCAGUUCUAUCCCAUUACACUGAAGGAGAUGAGUGGUGGUGAAGGAAUCCAUCAGCCCAUCAGUAAAGUUCGAAGUGUCAUCAUGGUUGUAUUUGCCGAAGACAAAACCAGAGAGGAUCAACUCCGGCACUGGAAGUACUGGCACUCUCGGCAGCACACAGCCAAACAAAGGUGCAUUGACAUAGCUGACUACAAGGAAAGCUUCAACACAAUCAGUAAUAUUGAAGAGAUAGCCUAUAAUGCCAUUUCCUUUACUUGGGACAUCAAUGACGAAGCAAAGGUCUUCAUUGCCGUAAACUGCCUCAGCACAGACUUCUCAUCUCAGAAAGGUGUCAAAGGGCUUCCUCUGAAUCUUCAGAUUGACACCUACAGCUACAACAACAGGAGCAACAAGCCAGUCCACAGAGCUUACUGCCAGAUUAAAGUCUUCUGUGACAAGGGGGCAGAGAGGAAGAUCAGGGAUGAGGAACGAAAACAAAGCAAAAGAAAAGGCAAGUGUACUGACCCCAGCUCCCAGCUGAAUGCCUUUUCUGACGUCAAAGUGCCGCUGCUUCCGUCCCACAAGCGUACAGAUAUCACUAUCUUCAAGCCGUUCAUGGACCUUGAUACUCAGCCGGUUCUCUUCAUACCUGAUGUUCACUAUUCCAAUCUUCAGCGGGGAGCUCAUGUCUUUCCUGUUGCAUCUGAAGAACUGGAGGGCGAAGGCUCUGCCAUGAAGAGGGGGCCUUAUAUCAAUGAAGAUGAUUUUGCUGCCACCCCGGUUAAGCUGUCUCGAAUAGAAGAACCAAAGAGAGUGUUGCUGUAUGUUCGAAAGGAAUCGGAAGAAGUCUUUGAUGCACUUAUGCUCAAGUGUCCAUCUCUGAAGGGUCUAAUGGAAGCUAUAUCUGACAAAUACGAUGUCCCUUUGGAUAAAAUUGGGAAAGUCUUCAAGAAAUGUAAAAAAGGCAUCUUGGUGAAUAUGGACGAUAACAUUGUGAAGCACUAUUCCAACGAGGAUACUUUCCAGUUACAGAUUGAAGAGGCGGCUGGAUCUUACAAGCUCACUCUCACCGAGAUCUAAAACCAAGCUUGUUGGGGCCUCUUGCAGGGCUUUUAAAUGAAGGUGGUGAACGCAAAACCUCUCAUUACUUUUGUCCUCAGGAUUUAAAUGUGUCUCUAGGGAAGAAGCCAUUUGUUCUUCCAGGGAAGAGUGCUUCCAACAUUUCUGUCCUCUUGGGAGCAACACUGCACUUGGAAUAGAUAAACAAAAGACAAUGAAUUGGAAUUCCAAGCCCCCCACACCCCAAAUAAGAAAAAAAACACCCCCAGAAUAUUUUUACUAAAGCACUAUACAAUUGCCUGCAUAUCCCCCUUUGCUUAUUAAAU